CAACGAAUGAACUAUGGCAGAACUUCCGGAUUUAGGAAAACAGUGCAGCGUGGAAACGUGUAAACAACUGGAUUUUCUUCCAUUCCAGUGUGAUGGGUGUGGCAAUGUAUUUUGUUCGGACCACAGGACCAAAGACAAUCAUGGCUGUUCACUUUGUCUACAAGAGAAGACAACUCUUGAAUAUAACGGCCCGAAGGCUUUCACCUGUGACCUGAAUGGCUGUGGUAAUCGGGAGCUCACUCCGCUGCCCUGUGAACACUGCCAGAGGAGCUUCUGCUUGAGACACAGACACCAACAAGACCAUCAGUGUAGCAAGUUACUGGAUGCUCCAGUCCGCGGAGCAAAGACAGCAGAGCAUGUCAAACAGAUAUUAGCUGCUAAGGAAGUGCGUGCACCCGACAAGCCGCGGAGAAUCGUCAACAGCAAGUCGAGCAGCACGGCCAGGAAAGUGGCCCUCAUGAAGCUGAAGAUGCACGCAACUGGAGACAAGGGCAUUCCCGAUUCAGAACGAGUUUACCUCAACGUACAGCUACCACAGACUAGUUCAUUGACUACUGCUGCAAUGUUCUUCUCUAAGAAAUGGAGCAUUGGACGAAUUAUAGAUUAUAUGACAAGCACACAUGGGAUUCCUAAUGCUAACAACACAGUUACAGACAAGAAACUACGUCUUUUCGUGAAUGAGUUGGACGAAGAAUUGCCCGUUGAUGAAAGUUUAGAAUCACAGAUUAGUUCUGUGCUUGACAGUGGUGCAACUGUAAUUUUAAAAUAUGUGACUGGACUUCAUACACACAGCAAUGAAACCUCCUAGCAUUAUUAUAGUGUAAUUUAGUACAUCAAAGAAAUUAAAUAUAUUUAACAUACA